AUGGCAUCUAACGCUGGGCCCCGGCUCAACAUCGACAACAUCAACCCCCAUGUGCGGGAGGCCAAGUACGCCGUGCGCGGUGAACUGGCCGUCAAGUCGGAGGAGUACCGCGCUGCCCUCGCAAAGGGCGCCAGUGACCUGCCCUUCUCUCAGGUCAUCUCGGCCAACAUCGGGAACCCCCAGCAGCUCGACCAGAAGCCGCUCACCUUUUUCCGCCAGGUCCUCAGCAUCCUUGAGAACCCCCUCCUGUUGGAGAAGGGCGAUGUGUUGAUCAACCAUCUGGGCUACCAACCUGACGUUCUGGAGCGCGCCAAGACCUUGUUGGGCCAUGUCGGCUCUGUCGGCGCCUACAGCGCGAGCAACGGUGUGCCUGCCAUUCGCCAGAGCAUCGCUGACUUCUUGGAGAGGCGUGAUGGCUUUCCUGCCAACCAGGCCGACAUCUACCUCUCGGCCGGUGCUUCGUCCGGCGUUAACACCCUGCUGCACGUCAUCUGUGCCAACGAGAAGUCGGGCAUUCUCGUACCUAUCCCUCAAUACCCCCUUUACACUGCCUCGCUCUCCGUCCUGAACGCCCACUGCGUGCCGUACCUCCUCGACGAGCAAAAGAACUGGGGUACCGACCUGGCGACGAUCAAGGCCUCGUACGAGAAGGCCAAGGCCGAAGGCAUUGAUGUGCGCGCCAUCGUCAUCAUCAACCCUGGCAACCCGACUGGCGCAUCGCUGUCCGAAGCCGAUAUCCGCGCCGUCCUCGACUUCGCCCGCCAGAAGCGCCUCGUGGUGCUAGCCGACGAGGUCUACCAGACCAACGUCUUUGUCGGCGAGUUCAUCAGCUUCAAGCGCACGCUGCGCCAGCUGCAAGCCGAGAACCCUAACGGCGGUUUCGAUGCUGUCGAGCUUGCCUCGCUCCACUCAGUUUCCAAAGGCAUGGUCGGCGAGUGCGGCCACCGCGGCGGCUACUUCGAGCUCGUCAACUUCGACCCGCAAGUCCAGGCCGAAAUCUACAAGUUCGUCUCCAUCAUGCUCUGCGCCCCGGUCAUCGGUCAAUGCCUCGUCGAGCUGAUGGUCAACCCGCCCCGUCCCGGCGAACCCUCCUACGAACUCUACGACCGCGAGUACAACUCCAUCUUCAACGGCCUGCGCGAGCGUGCCACCGCCCUGCACAAGGCAUUCGAGCAGAUGGAGGGCGUCGAGUGCGGCGAGCCGCAGGGGUCCAUGUACCUGUUCCCCACCAUCAAGCUGCCCGCUGGCGCCGCGGAGGCCGCUGCUAAGGAGGGCCGCACACCGGACGAGUUCUACUGCAUGCGCCUGUUGGACGCGACGGGUGUUUGUGUCGUGCCUGGGUCUGGGUUUGGUCAGAAGGAGGGCACGCUGCACUUCCGCACCACGUUCUUGGCACCUGGGACGGAGUGGGUGGGCAGUAUCGUCAAGUUCCACAAGGAGUUUGUGGAGAAGUACCGGUGA